AAAAACUUCUCUAUAUAAUAAGCAUAGGAUGAAAGGGCUUUUUGUCAAAUAUCCAAAUACUAUUAUUGUUUACCAAUGGCCACUAGAAGUGUUUUGCUCUCUUCUUCUUUUCUUCUCAUUUUGCUUUCAUUCUCUUUGGAGAAAAGCAAUGCUUUGGAAGGAAGAAAAACAAUUGAAUCCAACUUCCACACUAUCCAACUCACCUCUAUUCUUCCUUCUUCUUCUUGCAAGCCUUCUAGCAAAGGUAAAAGAGGAGGGACAUCAUUGGAGGUCAUCAACAAACAUGGGCCAUGUUCUCAACUCAACAAAAAGGGUGAAAAAGGCCAAACUUUAACAGAAAUCUUGGCCCAUGAUCAAGCCCGAGUGGAUUCAAUCCAAACCCGAAUCGCAGCCCAAAACUUCAACCUAUUCAGAAAGACAGAAAAAACCUCCAAAAAGUACAGAGCAAAAGACUCAAAAACCACUCUCCCGGCGCAACCCGGCACCGCUCUUAGCACCGGAAACUACAUCGUCACCAUCGGAAUCGGAACUCCGAAGAAGGAUCUCACACUCAUCUUCGACACCGGCAGUGACCUUACAUGGACUCAAUGCGAACCCUGUUUCAAAACAUGCUUUCCUCAACAACAACCAAUUUUCAACCCAUCGUCUUCUUCGACUUAUUCCAACAUUUCCUGCAGUUCCACAGCUUGUUCUGGGCUUAAAUCAGCUACCGGAAAUACUCCUCUUUGUUCUUCAUCUACCUGCGUUUACGGUAUCCAGUAUGGUGAUUCAUCGUUCUCAAUUGGGUUUUUCGCGAAGGAUAAGCUAACUUUAUCAGCAACAGAUGUGUUUGAUGGAUUUAUGUUCGGUUGUGGGCAAGAUAACAAAGGAUUAUUCGGGAAAACCGCCGGAUUAAUCGGUUUAGGCAGGGAUCCUCUUUCUAUUGUAUCACAAACAUCUGCGAAAUUCGGGAAAUACUUCUCUUACUGCCUUCCUACCAGAAGAGGAUCUAAUGGCCAUUUAACCUUCGGCAAAAAUGGAGCUAAAUCGAACCUCCAGUUCACACCAUUCGCUUCAUCACAAGGAACAUCGUUUUACUUCAUUGAUGUAUUGGGUAUUUCUGUUGGUGGAAAAGCGUUAGCGAUAAGUCCAAUGGUGUUUAAGAACGCCGGAACAAUCAUUGAUUCCGGUACUGUGAUUACCCGAUUACCUUCUACGGCGUAUGCUAAUAUGCGAGCAACUUUCCGGGAGUUCAUGAGCAAGUAUCCCAGAGCACCAGAUCUAUCUUUGCUUGAUACUUGCUAUGAUUUAAGCAAUUACACUACCGUUAGCAUUCCAAAAAUCAGCUUCAACUUCAAUGGCAAUACGAAGAUGGACUUGGUUCCAAAUGGUAUUUUCUUCGUAAACGGUGCAUCUCAGGUUUGCUUGGCUUUCGCUUCAAAUGGAGAUGAUGAUAGUAUUGGGAUUUUCGGGAACACACAACAGCAGACAAUGGAGAUUGUGUAUGAUGUUGCUGGUGAGAAAUUAGGGUUUGGUUAUGGUGGAUGUACUUGAAAAAAAUGGUGAAAUUUACUUAUUGAUCCAAAAUACUGCAGCUGAAAAAGAAUACUAUAUUGUAAUAAGUACUGAAAAAUGUAUAUCGAUUUUAUAGUUUUAUGAAAGCGUGAUCUUUGUUGAA